ACCUGGUAUGUUCGACAUAAAGCCCAGACCAAGAAAACGGGUCACAGUACUAGAGUACCAUGAGCCACACUCAUGAAGCAUAUCCAGUAUCUUUUGCGAGUUCUAUUUAAAUGUUAUACAUAUUCCUGGAUAUUCAAGGCCACACAUCAGCUGGAAAAAGGUGGUACGGUUGGAAAUAGCAACCAAGGACAAGUGGACAAGAGCUCGAGACGCUACAAGUAAACUGUUGACCGUCUUUGUGGUGAAUCUUCUUGCAAAGAUAAAAGAUCCCAUUUCCGAGGUCUUGAACAGGCCAAGGGUGGUGGUGUGCUACUGCUCGAUUACUAAAUCCAAGCUUCCUUUAGCCAAGGAUGGUACACAAGCAGAUCCUUCAAGCAAAGGUUCCUAUAGCUCCAUCUACACAACCAUGUUAGAGGGUCUAAUCUGGUUGCUAAUCCUGAAGCUUGGGGAUGCCCUGGCAAAUGAAGCAGCUGAGCUAGCGAAGUCGUUCGUCGUCUACGAAGCAUCUGCUCUGCGAGACCUAUUUGGUGAAAUAAGGAAAAUGAAGGAGGAGUUGGAGAGCAUGCAAGCCUUCUUCCGAACUGCUGAGCGGUUCAAGGAUGCGGAUGAGACUACCGUUGCAUUCGUGAAUCAAAUCAGGGGUCUUGCCUUCAAUAUCGAGGAUGUUAUUGAUGAGUUCACCUACAAGUUGGGGGAAGAUCGCGAGGGGAUGUUUCUGUUGAAAGCAAUUAGGAGGGUCAGGCAAAUCAAGACAUGGUACCGGCUAGCCAACUAUUUGCGCGAUAUCAAAGCCGACCUCAAGCGUGCCGCAGAGAGAAGGCGCAGAUAUGACCUGAAGGGUGUUGAAAGGGACGCAAAACUGACAAGAGUAGGCAGCUCAAAUACAAGACCUACAGAGUCUGUACAUUUUAAAAGGGAAGAUGAUCUUGUGGGGAUCGCGGAGAAUAGAAACUUGCUGAUGAAAUGGAUGAAAGAUGAAGAGCAGCAACACAUGAUAAUCACUGUUUGGGGCAUGGGAGGUGUUGGUAAGACAACACUUGCUGCCCACGUUUACAACGCCAUCAAGACUGACUUUGACACUUGUGCUUGGAUCACUGUGUCUCAUAGUUAUGAAGCUGAGGAUUUGCUAAAACAGAUUGUUGAAGAGUUCCGGAAGAAUGACAGGAAGAAGGAAUUUCCAAAGGAUGUUGAUGUCACAGAUUACAGAAGUCUCGUGGAGACAAUCCGACGUUACCUAGAGAAGAAAAGGUAUGUUCUUGUUUUAGAUGAUGUUUGGAGUGUGAAUGUUUGGUUUGACAGCAAAGAUGCAUUUUUCGGGGGCAAACUUGGUCGGAUAAUUUUCACAUCAAGGAUAUAUGAGGUUGCACUGCUUGCUUCCGAAGCCCAAAUAAUUAACUUGCAACCCUUGCAAAAUCACUAUGCAUGGGAUCUGUUUUGUAAAGAGGCAUUUUGGAAGAAUGAAAAUAGCGAUUGUCCGCCAGAAUUGCACUAUUGGGCGCACAAGUUUGUAGAGAAAUGCAAUGGCUUGCCAAUUGCUAUUGUGUGCAUUGGGCGCCUCCUGUCAUUCAAGAGCGCAACAUUUUUGGAAUGGGAGAAUGUAUACAGAACUCUUGAGAUGAAAUUUACAAACAAUUUCAUCCUGGAUAUGAACAUAAUCUUGAAGGUUAGUUUGGAAGACCUGCCACACAACAUGAAAAACUGUUUUCUUUACUGCUGCAUGUUCCCAGAGAAUCAUGUGAUGCAAAGGAAGUGGCUAGUACGGCUCUGGGUUGCAGAAGGAUUUAUUGAAGCGAGUGAGCAUAAGACACUGGAGGAGGUUGCAGAAGAUUACUUGACCGAGCUCAUCAACCGAUGUCUGUUACUGGAGGUUAAGAGGAAUGAAUCAGGGUAUGUUGAUGAUUUCCAAAUGCAUGAUAUCCUUCGGGUAUUAGCCCUUUCUAAGGCACGCGAAGAGAACUUUUGCAUUGUCCUUGAUUACUCAAGGACUCAUCUUAUUGGGAAAGCACGCCGUUUAUCAAUUCAAAGAGGGGAUAUUGCGCACCUUGCAGAAUCUGUGCCGCAUCUCCGUUCCUUGCUUGUUUUCCAAAAUUCGCUAACUUUCGGCUCACUUCGUUCAUUCUCAAGGUCUGUUAAGCUGAUGUCUGUAUUGAAUCUGCAAGAUAGUUCAAUUGAGGGUCUGCCAAAUGAGGUGUUUGACUUGUUCAAUCUGCGUUAUCUGGGUCUUAGGCGAACUAAAAUUGCAAAUCUCUCACGGCAUAUUGGAAGGCUACAGAAUCUGCUUGUUUUGGAUGCUUGGAAAAGCAAAAUUACCAACCUACCUGUCGAAAUUACAAGGCUCUGUAAGUUGACACAUCUUAUUGUCACUAUGAAACCAUUGAUACCGUCUAUGCAAUAUGUUCCUUCUAUUGGUGUACCAGCACCUAUUAGUGGUAUGUGUUCUUUGGCAAGUCUGCAGACAUUAUUGUUCGUGGAAUCUAGUUCUGAAAUGGUCAAUUACCUUGGUGCUCUAGUUCUGUUGAGAUCAUUCGGCAUCAGUAAAGUUCAAGGUCGCCACUGUGAAAAGCUGUUCAUAGCUAUUACCAAUAUGGUUCAUCUAACCCGGCUUGGGAUCCAUGCAUAUGAUGAUGAGGAAGUUCUGCAACUCGAUGCACUCAAUCCACCUCCAUUACUUCAGAAGAUUUUCUUGCAAGGGACAUUAGAUAAAGAAUCAUUACCUCGAUUUUUCUUAUCAAUCAGUACACUGAAAAGCCUCUCCAUUCUACGACUAGUCUGGUCAAAACUUCAGGAAGAUAUGUUCUGUUAUCUUGAGGAAUUACAUCAGUUGGUAAAACUUCAACUCUAUGAUGCAUUUGAUGGCAAUAAGAUAAACUUCCGAGCAAUGUCAUUCCAGAAACUUCGAGUACUAAAAAUCUGGGGAGCUCCACAUCUCAGGCAGAUGACGAUAGAAAGAGGGGCACUGCCCAGUUUGGUUGAUUUGAAGCUCCUACUCUGUCCAGAGUUGAAGUUGUUGCCAGGUGGCAUUGAACACGUGAGCACUCUCGAAGAGCUAACUUUGAAUUCUACAGCAGAAGAGCUUGUGCAAAGGGUUCGACAGAAGAGAGAGGAGAGCAUAUCACAUGUUCAGAGAGUUUACGUCGGUUUCGUCAGGAACGGCGAGCUUGCUGCAGAGAGGAUUCAGUAAAUGCAGUUACAUCCAGACUAU